UUUCAAUUUUUGUUUGGCUUUCUAGUAAUUGAUUUAAAGAAAUGGCAGCAGUCUCUGAAACUUCUAAUUCCCCCGAAAUAUCGGUAAAAAAGCCACCGGUAUGCCUCCUAGUUCUGGGUAUGGCAGGAAGCGGAAAAACUUCUUUAGUUACCCGCUUAGCUGAUGGAAUCCACGGAAAGAAGCCCUACGUCCUAAACUUAGACCCUGCAUGCAUAAAUUUACCCUAUUUCGCUAACAUAGAUAUUCGAGACACCGUUAAUUAUAAGGAGGUUAUGAAGCAAUACAAACUAGGGCCUAAUGGAGCGAUAGUUACUAGUCUUAAUUUAUUUUCGACAAAAUUUUCUGAAGUUAUUAACUUUAUUGGGAAAACAGGAAAUGAGCACUGUGUAUUGGAUACUCCUGGACAGAUUGAAGUAUUUGCUUGGAGUGUGUCAGGUUCAAUAAUAACUGAAACCUUGGCAUCAACCUUCCCAACGGUAAUCCUUUAUGUAGUUGAUUGUGUAAGAAGCACAUCACCAGUGACCUUUAUGUCCAACAUGCUUUAUGCUUGUUCCAUCUUAUACAAAACUAGGCUGCCAUUUAUUGUCUGUAUGAACAAAACUGAUAUUGUAGAUGCAGGUUAUGCAAAAGAUUGGAUGACAGAUUUUGAGAGUUUUCAAGAAGCCUUGGAAUCUGAUGAAAGCUAUGUGAGUAAUCUCACACGAUCAAUGGCAUUAGCUCUUGAUGAGUUCUAUCAAAACUUAAAAGUUUGCGGAGUAAGUGCAGCUACAGGACAAGGAAUGGAAGAUCUUUUUAAACUUAUUGAGGAGUGUAGGAUAGAGUAUGAAACUGAUUUUCGAACAGAAUGGGAAAGGAUUAAAGCAGAAACAGAAAAAAAGAAAAUGGAAGAGGCUCAGCUGGAAAAUGAAUUAAAAGAGGAUGGCGAAUCUUUGUUGACUUCCGUACCCGCUGGGGUGGAACUCUCAGAUGUGUAUCUGAGAAAUCCUGGAGGGGACAGUUCGGAGGAUAGUGAAGGAGAGGAAGAACCAUAUAUAGAUACUUUGGCUACUGAAGAGGAGGAGAAUGCAUUCAGGAAAGUAUUAAAUCAACAAAGAGAGAUGCAAUUAAAAAGAGCUAAAGAGGCAGAGAAAAAGAAAACUCAGGGACAGAGUUCAGGAGGAUAAAGUUUGUAAGGUAUUUAGAUUAUAAGUUUGUUUUAAAAGUGUUAAUUUUUAUAUCAAUAAAAAAGGCAAAGCAUUUAA